UGAUAGGAUUUAGAUCUGGGCUCUGACUGGGUUAUUCCAAAACAUUGACCUUUGUCUUCUGAAGCCAUUCCUUUGUUGAACAUGAGAUUGUUGUAACAUGCAGGGAGUGUACUAUGGUGCCCAGUUUUUUUUUUUUUUUCUUCAAAACUAAGAACUAAACUAGUUUUUAGACCUUUAUGUUAAUGCAUAAUAAUGGUUUCAAAAUUACUGGCACCCACACAGCUAAUAUAUGGUAAAGCCUACCCUGGAUAUAAUAAAAUGAAUGUCAAAUAGCCUUCUCCUUUUAUGUCUAACAAGGAUGGAGACACUUGUAAUAGGAUCUUACAUAUUACAUUUCAAACUCGUUAAUAUUCUUCAGUAUUGUGCAUGUUUAUUCCUCUUCAAUUUAGCCACAUUUUUCCAAUAGGUUUCAAAUCAAGAGACUACACUGUUCAUUACAAUAUAUUAUUUUGAAUGUAUGUAGGGUGUCCUUUUCGUUUUGAAAGAUCAGUCAAUGGUCAAGCUUUUGGGAUAAAAUGACCAGGUAUUUAGGGUACUUCGUGAUGCCAUCAGUUUUCACAAGGGCACCUUUGUGACCAGAGAAUAUUUCAACUUAAAAAGUUUAGGUGCUACAUUUUGUGUGUUUUUGAAGUUUCUUGCACUUCUUUUAUUGUUAUGAAGGUGGCAGUCUGAAUAGCUCAUUUUGAAACUUGACAGUGAUGGGAAACACUGUGCUUUGGGUUUUCUUUCCUUCCCUCAGUGUCACUCCUUUUUUAAAAAUAAAUAAAUAUAUAUAUAAAUAAAUAAAUAUCCAUUAUUAAUAUCCACACCACCACCUUUUCAGGUGUCUAUACAGACCAUAGCUGCAAGCAUAUUAUAGUGGGGGGUGGUGACUUUACUAUGGUAACUUUUAAAAACUAUUUAUUUAUUAUUUUAUUGUGGUUAAGGGUAUUGUGUGUAUAGUAUAUACAUUAUGGCAAAAGGGAUGUUACAUUUUUGGAACUUCAUAUUUGAGCAAAGCCAACAACUACUAUGAAAGCAAAUUUUUUUUUUUAGAAAAUAAUACCAUAAUUAAAAAUGUUCUUUGGAAAAUUUAUUUUUGUAUUGCAAAUGUAUUGCAUUGAUCAUUUGAGUAAUUGUGUCAAAUAUUUAUUGCAAGCAUAUUGUCCCAAUAUUUUAAAGAGUGCCAGUAUUUCUGGAGUUAACUAUAUAAUCUAUGCCUAAAAAUAAUUAAAAGACUUCAAGCUAAAGUUCAAUAUUAUCUGUAACUGUUUUUUUUCCCUCUAGCAAAUAAUGUCCUCACCAGUUGUUUCCAAUCACCUCUAGUUUCAUUUUUAGUCAUUUCUAACACCUCAAACCCCUCAAAAGAUCCCUGUGUGUGUGUGUGUGAAUGGGAACUGUGCAUGCACUGUGCACCGUGUGCGGUCAAAAGUGUGUGAGAUUUCAAAGCCCCUACAGGGGAGGGGCUAUGAUUGAAAGUUUGUUUAAAUGUAAAAGAAAAGUGGUUUGGUGUACAGUAGACAUGUUCUUCAGCAUCUCUCUCCUUGUGCUUUCUGUCCUACAUUUGUGUGGGGCAAUGGAGAGUGGUAUUAUUGGAGGAAAUGAAGCGAAAGCACACUCCCGACCCUACAUGGUGUCUGUUCAGAUUAACAAAAGACACGUGUGUGGUGGUAUGCUUAUCAGAAAUGAUUAUGUGCUGACUGCAGCCCACUGUGUAGACAACACUGGAAAAGACCAACUGGAAGUGGUACUAGGAGCUCACAACAUCAAUCAAAAGGAGCCCCAGCAGCAGAGAAUCCAAGUACAGAAAUACAUCAAGCAUCCCUGUUACAAGCAGGAAGAACGUCCAAAUGAUAUCAUGAUACUGAAGCUGAAGUCCAAAGCCAAGCUGAAUAAUGCUGUGAAGGUUACUGCUCUUCCUAAGAAGAAUGAGAACAUUCCAGCCCUUCAGAAUUGUUCAAUAGCUGGCUGGGGCAGGACAGAACAGAACAGCGCUGAAUCAAGUGUCCUACGAGAGGUCACACUCAAAGUACAGUUUAACUUUGAGUGCAGAAAAAUUUGGGAUGACAAAUUUUAUACAGACAGCAUGAUCUGCACUGUGUCUGAUGGGAAAAAAGCUUUUUGUCAGGGUGAUUCAGGGAGUCCUCUUAUGUGUGGAAAUAAACCACAAGGAAUAGCUGCAUAUACCUUCCGUGAAAACUGUUUAAACCGCAAGUAUCCAGAGGUAUAUAUGAAGAUCUCCUACUUUCUUCCAUGGAUUGAACAAGUUAUAGGCUAGAAAGUGAACACAAUGGAAGUAACCACAAUCCAAUAAAAUAUACAUUGCAUAUACAAAAUGUGUGUCUUCUCUUCUAUUGUGUACCUCUCUCAUGGGCAUUUACUGUAUGUUAUAAAGUAAAAAUGAAACUCCAGCAUCCUUUGGUAAGUAA